UCGGGACGCGGCACAAUAAGCGGCUGUCGAAACUGACAACAGUUACUUGUUGUAAUUAAUCCGUAGUAGCGGAAUUAUUGAGGCUGGAUUAAUCGUGCGCGUUCAAGUAUAAGCUGUCAAAGUAUUCGUGCGCAUUGGGGACGUCUGUCGUAGUAAUAUUACAUCAUUCUGUGAAACACUCGGGUCCGGCAACCGCGCUGUGCAGCAUAUUAAUUAAAGGUCAGCGCCAUGGGGAGAAAUUUGGAGGGAUGGAAUUGGAGGGAGGCGUUGAUGGCGGCCGUCGCGGUGCUGGCUUGCGCAGCAGCGAAUUCGAACGCCAGUGCCGACGGGGACGCGGAUGUCGGCCAGCGCAGUGUUAUCUUCGCACCGGAUGCUCCUCGACCCCUGGCGCCUUACAGCCACGCGAUUAGAGCCGGACGAACAAUUUACCUCUCGGGGCAGCUGGGUCUGGACCCCGUCAGCAACACCCUCGUCACAGGGGGUGUGGAGAAGGAAGCGGAGCAAGCGCUGAAGAACAUUGGGGCCGUGCUGCGCGCCGCUGGGGCCAACUACAGCGACGUAGUGAAGGUAACGGCCAUCUUCGCCGACCUGAAGGACUUUGCCGCGGUGAACGCCAUCUACGCCCGCUACUUCCCGCAAGACCCGCCGGCGCGCACGGGAUUCCAGGCCGAGAUUCCGGCCGGCGCCCUGGUGGAGCUGGAAGCCAUCGCCGUCCUGCCACCCCCGACCAACAACACCGGCAAUGGCUCUAAUGCGGCCUGCAACACGUCGGCCUCCAUAAUUAUCCCGGCUUUUCUGUUUUUUUUGCGGCACGCUAGCGCAGUUCAUCUUUGUAUAAAAUACUGAAGCACGAUUGUUGGCGUAUUAAUAGUUCUGUUGUACUCGACUGGGAUUGUUUUGUUUGAAUGCACAUGCUGUCGCUGGAGACUGGCGGAACGUUCUUCUUCAGAUACAACGUUGUGUAUCAUAGUUAUGUGUGCACGA